UGUAAGAGUUGAAUGGAAAUGUCAGGAUUAACUUACAGAGAAAUCAAUGGCGACCUAUUUAACUGCCAAAGUGGUUAUUCCAUGUGCCACUGCGUGGCUGCCGAUUUGCGAAUGGGCAGAGGAAUAGCUGUAAAGUUUCGCAAUAAAUUUGGGCAGUUGUUGAAUUUGCAGAGACAAAAUGUUCAGCCAGGCGGAGUGGCCAUCCUUCAGGACCAGCAGCGAUAUAUUUACUAUCUGGUCACCAAGAAAUCCAGCUGGGGAAAGCCCACCUACGAACUUCUCCAGAGUUCCUUGAUCGCCAUGCGAAAGCACAUGAUCUCCCACCAAGUACCCAAGCUAGCCAUGCCCCGCAUUGGAUGCGGUUUGGAUGGCCUGAAGUGGCCCAAAGUUAAGGAAAUUAUUUGCCAGGUUUUUCAAGGGGACGCUGUGGAACUGGUCGUUUAUAAUUAUGUUGCUAAAAACUAA